CAUCCCCACGUGUCCACAUUAAACUGAAUAUCCUGAGCCCACCCACCCCAGGCUCAGCCGCUGUGUUCUCAUCCCUAGAAUGGGAUGUGUGACCGCAGUCACGGGGAUGAAGUGGUGCAUGCAGGGAGGGGCCGGCACUGCGGUGCUGACACAGGGAUCUGAGGCACUGAUGCAUUUCAUCAUCGCCCUUCGCCCCUUGUACUGGUGAUGCCGAGAACCUUGGAUCUGCUCAGGGCUCCCCUGUUCCACCUCAGUCACAAGAGCUUGAGGCUUGAGGAUUCGGUCUAAUCUCCAGCCCCAAGUGCCUGGGGGUCCCCGGUGCUGCCUCUGAUUCACAUCUCUCCUCUUUCCACCCCAGGGUGGAGCUGGACCAUCAGGGAGCAGGGAUGAGGCCUACAGGGCUUGGAGCCUCCAGCGACACAGGCUGGAGAAGCUGGUGGCAAAGCUGGUGCCUGCCGUCCUGGGCGGCCACCCCUCCUAUGUGAACACAUUUCUGGGCAAUUAUCGAACUUUUGCCACCGCCCAGCAGGUGCUGGACCAUCUGUUCCGGAGAUACGGAUGCAUCCUCCCUGUUAUGGAAGAGGACGGGGGACCCCUGCACCAGCUGAAACAGGCCAUGUCCUCCAUCCUGGGCACCUGGCUGUUCCAGUACCCAGACGAUUUCCACCAGCCUCCAGAAUUCCCAUGCCUUAAGACCAUUGUCGCUUAUGUAGAGCUCAGCAUGCCUGGCUCCGACCUGGAGCAGCAGGCCCACCUCCUCCUGGCACAGCUGGAGCAACUGGAGCUCCCAGAGGCAGACAGUGAUGCACCAGCUCCAGAAUCCUCUGGGGAAACCUCUCUGGAUGGAGAGCCAGCUUCAGCUCUCCUGCCUGCGACAGCCCCAGACCCAGAGCAGAGGGACGCGCUGUCCUGUGAGGCAUCGACCUCCUCUCUCUUGUCUGCUGUGGACCCAGGGCCCAGCUCAUGUCCACCAUGAACACUCCCUGUGACCGUGCCCUUGUGACAUAUAUACAUGUAUAUAAUUCUGUGUCCAGCCCACAUCUGUGUCUACCUCUGACCCUUUUUCUCUCCCUUCAGCCAUCUCCCUUAAGUAUCUAUUUAAUUAAAACAC